GUGCAAGCAUUUGUCCUCCAAUGGGGUGUAUGUGUUUUUGCGAACUACAGACCGCAGCAAAUCUUUGGCGGUGGGCACUUUUGCGCCAUAUUGGAUGACUUUGAUCUGAAAUGCUGGGGCCCAAACACUGGCGGCAAGCUUGGUAUCGGAGUUUCGGACGCAGAGUUCGCUGGAUGGUAUGUUGGCGAUGAGGCGAAUGAAAUCGGAGAUCACUUGCCUCUGGUUGUCUUAGGCACCGCUCGAUCUGCCAGACAUGUUUCAUCAGGCGAAAAGGGGAUGUGCGUUGUACUGGACAACCACGAGGUCAAAUGCUUCGGCUACCGGGAUUCCGGUGUAAGUUACACUGGCAAUGACAGAAUCGGCAUUGACCCAUCUGAUUUCAACUAUCAUCCGACUUAUGAUUUGGGUACGGGCCGCACGGUACUGCAAACCGCCAAAAUGCUGGACAGCACCUGCGCUCUCCUGGACAAUAGCGCGGUGAAGUGUUGGGGCCAGGGCUCUUGGGGCGAAUUGGGGUAUGGAGAUCUAUCCGCCAGGCAUGCUGCAUCAGCUUUGGGCGACAAUUUGCCAGAGGUUGACUUAGGUACCAGCCGCACGGCUAAGAAAAUUGUUGCAGGAGAAAAUCACGCCUGUGCGAUUCUGGAUGAUGACACCUUGAAGUGCUGGGGUCGCAACUACUACGGCACGUUAGGCAUAGACAGCUUCCUGGACACUGGAGUGGGAGAUGCUGCUGACGAGAUGGGUGACUUUUUGCCUGUCGUUGGCCUUGGCGCCGCCGUUAUUGAUGUGGCCGCUGGAUUCCAGAUGACCUGUGCCAUAUUGGUGGAUGGCAAUGUCAAGUGCUGGGGGCCAAACAUGUUUUCAAAUCUCGGAUAUGGGGAUACCCAUGAUCGGGGGACAGCUGAGUACCCGGUGGCGAGCCUGCCAGCGCUUGAUCUGGGUACAGGGAAAGCGGCCCAACAAAUUGCUGUUAUUUAUGAUGCAGGUGCCUGUGCGCUGCUUAAUGAUACUUCGGUGAAGUGUUGGGGACGCAGUGAUGUCCUCCUGGGCUACGGGGAUACGGAAGCACGAAGUGGCGCACUGGGGGACAGCCUGCCGACAAUUGACCUCGGAACAGGAAAAACAGUUCAGCAAUUGGUUGCAGCUCGCUUUAGCUUCUGCGCACUUCUUACAGAUGGCGCCAGUGGUCAGAGUGAGAUCAAGUGCUGGGGUCCUGAAGGAAUGAUGCUGGGCUAUGGAGAUGCAGUGCCGAGAGGCGGCGGACCAGAAGAAAUGGGAAAGAACUUGCCAUCUAUUCAACUUGGUGCCAUUCAGGACACCUACUUCAAGCACAACUUCCAGCAUGACAUCCCCGGGCACAUCAUCGUCAUCAACCACAUCGACUUCAACUGA